AUGUCGUCCACCGUCCACGUCAAGAACAUCGCUGGAAGCACAUCCGAGAAGGAAGUGCGCGACUUCUUCAGCUUCUGCGGCAAGAUCCAAACCCUCUCCGUGACGCCCGACUCCAACGAGCCCGACGCUAGCCAAUCCGCCUCGGUCACCUUCGAGAAAGAAACCGCCGCCAAAACCGCGCUCCUCCUCGACAACACCCAGCUCGGCCCCGCCCAAGUCUCCGUCUCCUCCGCCUCCUCCCUCUCCGACAUAGCCGGCGACAAGACCACCUCCGCCGAGGACGCCGAGAAGGGCGAGAACAUCGCGCAAGAAGACAAGCCCCGCUCCCGCAUCGUCGCCGAAUACCUCGCCCACGGCUACGUCAUCAGCGACAAAGCGAUCGAACGUGCUUUGGCGCUCGACCAACAGCAUGGCAUGAGCAACCGCUUCAUGAGCGCGCUCAAGAACUUCGACUCCAACUACAAGGUCUCCGAGCGCUCGGCGCAAAUGGACCAGCGCUACGGCGCCUCGACCCGCGUGCAGCAGGCCUGGGGCGGGCUGAACAGCUACUUUGAGAAGGCCGCGAACACACCCACCGGACAGAGGUUGCGCGGGUUCUACGAGCAGGGCAGCAAGCAGGUGUUGGAUGUGCACAACGAGGCGAGGCAUCUUGCGAGCUUGCAGAGCGGGAAGGGUGAGGGUGAUGUGAUGAACCCUAACCAGCAGGGUGGACCGAGCGGGGCGGGUUUGCCGACGCCCGAGCAGGCGGAGAUGGAGAAGGUGACGGUGGAUGGCCAGGAGAAGACGAAGUGUAACUGCGGCGGUGCGGAUGGGAAGUGUCCGUGUCCGCCGGGGCAGUGCGCUUGCAGUGGGUGUAGCAAGGCUUCGUGA